UCCAAUGAGAGAGUGAGACAGAAUAUGAGAGAGAAAGCAGCAUCAAAUGCCUAAAAGCUUAAACUUUACACAAACACACACAAACACACAAAACAACACAAAUACAACCCAAAAAUUUAAAACAGACAAAAACCAAGAAUCAAAUUUUGUAGGGGGUUUUUUUUUUUUUUUUUUCUUUGUGGUCUUGGUGUCUGAAAAUUUGUUCUCCCACACGCUCUCCUUCAAUUUCGCUGGAAAAUUUUCAGCCCCUCUUUGUUUCCUAUAACGAAAGAAAGAAAGAAAGAAAAUUGAUCUAAGAAUACAAAUUUUGGGUUGUGAUUAGUUUUCCCUAAAGAAUAAUCAAAAAUGGUUUUUUCUUUUUCAUAAUAAUAAUAAUAUUAUUAUUAUAUUGAAGAGUCGAGAGUGACGCGAACAGGGGAGGGAGUGAGAGAGUGAGAGGGGGGUUGAUAUAGAAAUGUGUGUAGGGGUAUUGGGAAACUAAAAUCCCAAGUCAGAAAGCAAUAAUAAAAAGCCUGUUAAAUGCUUCAAUAUAAAUAAAUUUAUUAUAAAAAUUGAGCCGUACUGAUACGCUAUCCUGUUCUUAAAGAUACAUCAAGAUUUUCUUCCUUUCUCUGCUCAUUUAUUUUUUUAUUUUUUUUCUCUUCCUUUCUUUCUAUGUUCUUUUUCUUCUCCUACUUCUACUUCUCGAACAUAAAAAUUCUAUGAGCUUUUUCACUUUUCCUUUUGUUCUCUUCUGUUUUUAGUGACUAAAGAAAAAAAAGUGGGAAUUGGUAGGGAAAAAAAAAAAAAAUUAUAAAGGCCAAAAAAAUAAAAAGAAAAAAUAUGCAGAGCUUUAAACAAACGCCUUCUUCUAACCCUGUAUUGUAUUCCCACUCUUUCAUCUAUUUCAGGGGAGAAGAAAAUACUCGAAACCAAACGCGAUUCUCGGAUCUUGGAGAGCUUGAACAGUCCGCUGCUGCUUUUCCUCACGAUGAUGCUGUUGUUUUAAGUCCAAAUGUAGGCUCCAUCUUCAGCUUGAAAUCAAACAGUGUCGCUGUUGUACCUAAUAAUUUACAAUAUGGAACCUUGAAUACGAAUACGGGGUGUUUGGAUAUAGUGGCUUCAACAGCUGGAACAGGGUCAGGGUGUGUGGAUACAGGGCAACAAUUCAUGUAUCAGCAAAAGGGGACUACGACGGUUUCUGCAUCGUCGUUGGGAAAUGGACACUUUGAGAAUUGGGGUGAGUCGGCCAUAGCUGAUACCAGCCAACAGACUGACACUUCCACAGAUGUUGAUACAGACGAUAAAAACCAAUUUCAUGGAGUUGGGCAUGAUGUACAUUUAGCUGUGGAUUCUAUGGAACAGGCCAAGUCAAAAACUGGAGACCAAAAGCAGACCUUACGAAGGUUGGCUCAAAAUCGAGAAGCAGCAAGGAAGAGUCGACUGAGGAAGAAAGCAUAUGUCCAGCAGCUGGAAAAUAGUCGACUUAGGCUAACACAACUAGAGCAAGAGCUUCAACGAGCGCACCAGCAGGGAAUUUUUAUUGCAAAUGGAUUUUCCGGUGAUCAUAAUCUAAUGGCAGGAAAUGGGGCCCUUGCAUUUGACUUGGACUAUGCACGCUGGCUUGAUGAGCAUCAACGAUUGAUCAACGAUCUUAGAUCAGCUAUAAACUCUCAUAUGUGUGAUAAUGAACUACGCAUUCUUGUUGAAGGUGUGAUGGUACACUAUGAUGAAAUAUUCAGGCUAAAGAGCAUCGGUGCAAAGGCUGAUGUGUUCCACAUGCUUUCUGGCAUGUGGAAGACGCCUGCCGAGAGGUGCUUUAUGUGGUUGGGUGGAUUUCGUUCAUCUGAAGUGCUCAAGAUACUUGGGAACCACCUCGAACCUUUAACAGAGCAGCAGCUGAUGGGCAUAUGCAAUUUGCAGCAAUCCUCCCAACAGGCUGAAGAUGCCUUAUCACAAGGGAUGGAAGCUUUGCAGCAAUCUCUUGUUGAAACACUUUCCUCGACUACUCUUGGGCCUGCUGGUUGUGGAAAUGUCGCUGACUACAUGGGUCAAAUGGCAAUUGCUAUGGGCAAGCUUGCCACUCUAGAGAACUUCCUUCACCAGGCUGAUCUUUUGAGGCAGCAAACUCUACAACAAAUGCAUCGGAUUCUUACCACUCGCCAAGCUGCUAGAGCCCUUCUUGUUAUUAGUGAUUACUUCUCACGCUUACGGGCACUCAGUUCCUUAUGGUUGGCACGCCCUCGAGACUGACAAUGCUUUCAACCCACCCUGCUAUAAUUCACUAACAAAAUUAAGCCAGCUAUAUAUAUAUAUAUAUAUAUAUAUCCCUUCCUAUUACAGACCAACAUGAUGCUGGGACUACAAUGAUGAUCAGCAAUCUUGUAACAUGGUCGAGAAACCCCCAUUCUCUGCUGAACUAGUUUUGCCAUAUAGAUCAUAGAUUAAGUUGCGGCUUCUUGGCCUUCAGAUAGGUCAGUUAUACAGAACCUGUGCACUUGAAAAGCUAUUCUCUCAAGGAUGAGGUUUAACUUCUUGGCAUGGAAUUUAUAUACCCAUUUUCAGCUUGUGUUACUUACACUAAUGUUAUCAUCUGGUUCUGGUGUUUGAGAAGGAUUGUAGAAUACUUAUGAGCUGGUGCUAUAUAUAUAUAUAUAUAUGUACUAAUUCUGCUUUUCCCCA